AUGGCUCUAGUAGGCGAAGUGAUGAGCGAUCAAGACUGUAAAGAGGCUGAUAAAGAUUCGAAAUUAGCACGCCUGCUGGAGCGCCGACCAGAAGUGCUGCGACGCAUGUCCUUUAUAGAUCCCUCAUGUCGUCCAAACCAUUCAACAAGGUCCAUUUACACCUCAAUUCAAGAAGGCAAUGCGCUUCAUGUAGCAAUACGCCGGCAUUUACAGGAUAUCGAAGAGUUGGCGAUCGCCACGACCUGUGAAAAGGACUUGUUGGAUGCAUUAGUAGACAAAAAAUAUACCGGUACUACUACACACCAGGAUGAGGUAGCCAGAACAUGUACCCAUUUGAAGGCCCUCCGGGUGGCAAAUACUUGUGAUGAGGAGUAUGCUGAGAAAGUAAUUACACUGGUGGAGAAUAACCCAAACCUGAGUGAACUUUGGGUCACUAAUCAUGUCUUGGCUACCCCUCCUUUGGCUGAGCGAUUAGUGUGUUUUCUGAAGACACGCGCUUCGAAUCUUAAAGAGUUUAAAAUCCAUGACAAAGCCGGAGUGAUCCCUCUACCCACUGCGGUCGAUGUCAUCAACGCUUGUAUGCAUUUACCAUCCUUGGAAAGGCUUGAAAUCUCAGCUUGCAUUCGCCGGAUUGAAGAUAUGAACAUGGAUUACGAGGGUCUUGUUACCCUCAUAAGCAAGCUUGAUUCUCUUCCUCCCUCUGUCUCCCCCUCUAUCCAAGCCUUGAGGCUGCCUGAAAUUUUGCCUCCAGUAAUUCAAGUACCAAUCCUGAAACGCUGUGGAUCCAGCCUAGUAGAAUAUCUCUCCGAUGAUCCCUACUCAGUCGAUCGGCACCUUUACCCAUAUUGGACCGAUCACAGGACCAUUAUUCGAGCCAUUCAUGACCAUUGCCCUAAUGUAAAACAGGUGGUUUGGGACAGUUUCCGAACAGUUUGGCCCAUUGAUGGUGCUCCCUCAGUCAAGGAUGAAUCAUUCCUGAAGAGUCUUCUUGAUGCUUGUGACAGAUCAGGGCUUCGGUCGAUCUCUAGCUUCCUUUUAAGUGAUCGAUCCCUGGAUGCGCUGCUGAAUCACCGCAAGACAUUGAAGCAACUCAAGUUUUCAAUUCAUUCACAAUUAUCGGCUUCAGGCUUCCAGCAAAUCAUGACUUCUUGUGAAGAGCUUAGACAACUUGACGCGAGAUGGCCACGUUCGAUUUGGAUGCCUGAAAAAAACAGGAUAUGCCCCAAUCUCACGUUCCAGGCGCUAAUUCAGCCUGGACAGCAGGAGUGGCUGUGCAAGAAGCUCCAAUCGCUCGCCAUCACCAUCAGUAUGAAUGUAAAUGAAGAUGAUCUUUUGAAGUAUGGAGGAGAGGCUGGCUGUUUGGAAAUCAUUUACAGCAGAAUCGGAGCUUUGACAGAAUUGGAAGAACUAGAUAUCAUGUUUAUCUCGUCAAGAGGAGAUGAAGAUGAAGAUGAAGAUGAAGGAACUGAAGAGCAGCAGCAACAACAACAGCAACGAUCUCGAAUACUUCCUACAAUCUUCAGUGUAGAUUCUGUGUUGAAACAUUUGAAACAUUUGAAGAAUUUGAGGCGUAUGAGCGCUCCAGUGGAUGCUUGGCAAGGCGUGGGGCAAGCUGAAUUAUUCGCAGAGAAAGGCAGGAAGAAGCUUGCUCGUGACAAGAUCAUCUAUUUUGUAGGCAUAGCGCGACGCAAGGCAACUAUGCGUGUACUUUUUGCUUCUCCCCUCCAAGAAUUGAGCUAG